GAAUUAAGUAAACGUGUCAGAUUUUGGUGCAAAAGAGGCAGGAGUUGUUAAAAUAAUGAAAUUAAUAAUCCUUUUGUGUUCAUUUUUUGCUGCCUCUUUGGCACAAGGACCAACUCUAGUCCUACUCGAUAAUCAAGUUAUAAAAGAAACCCAUUCAAUUUUCUUUAAAUCUUUACAAGAUAGAGGUUACACCCUUACUUUCAAAAUUGCCGAUGAUGCUUCGCUAGUUCUAUCUCGUUAUGGAGAGUAUUUAUACAAGAAUUUGAUCAUAUUCGCUCCCAGUGUGGAAGAAUUCGGAGGAUCUCUCAACGUUGAUGCAAUCACUCAAUUCGUAGACGAUGGGGGCAACGUCCUAGUAGCAGGCAGUAGCGAAACCGGGGAUGUUUUAAGAGAACUUGCUUCAGAAUGUGGAUUUGAAGUAGAUGAAGAAGGUGCUUUCGUAAUCGACCAUCAUGGAUUUAGUGUAGACGAUAACGGGCAGCAUACCAAAUUGGUGGUGUCGUCCGACAACCUGAUCGAUGCCCCUGUAAUUGUCGGGCCCAAGAAGGGCGUAGCUCCCUUGUUAUAUCAAGGAACCGGUAUUUUAACAGAUGUUGAAAAUCCGCUGGUGUUGCCCUUGCUAACAGCUGAUAGUACCGCUUACAGUUUCAACCCCGAUCAACCCAUCAAAGAGUAUCCACAUGCUGUUGGGCGAGACACUGUACUCAUUGCUGGAAUUCAAGCUAGAAACAACGCUAGAGUUGUAUUUAGUGGAUCUUUAUCGUUCUUCUCGGAUGAAUUCUUCACUUCUAGCGUCGAAAGAGCUCAAGGUGGAUUAUCUGCCAAAAAGUCUGGAAAUGAAGAUGUAUCAACAGCUGUUACUCAGUGGGUGUUCAAGGAACAUGGUCAAUUAAGAGUUAGAUCCGUUAAACAUCACAAAGAAGGCGAAAAAGAUGCUCCGAAUGAUUACACCAUCAUGGAAAAUGUGGUGUACACUAUCGAAAUCGAUAUUCUGGAAAAAGGCCAAUGGAAACCUUUCACUGCAACUGAUGUACAACUAGAAUUUGUGCGAAUUGAUCCGUUCGUUCGUACUACUCUAAAAAGGAAGCCCGCAGGUCAAUACGAAGCGAGAUUUACGAUUCCUGAUGUCUACGGAGUGUAUCAAUUCAAAGUGGAUUAUGAUAGAGUGGGAUAUACUCGAUUAUUUAGUACUACUCAAGUGUCUGUACGUCCUUUGCAACAUACACAAUACGAAAGGUUCAUUACUAGCGCUUAUCCCUAUUACACGGGGGCUUUCUCCAUGAUGAUAGGAGUGUUCAUAUUCUCAUUCGUUUUUCUACAUUUAAAAGAGGAUGAAAAGAAGCCCAAGGGUGAUUAAUUAUUAAUUUAGUCAACUGUAACUUUGUGUAACUAUGUUUUAAUAAACAUGUAUAAAUUAUUCUAUUUACGAA